AUGUUAAUGCUGGUAUAUGGGCUACUGGCGGCUGUUGCCGUCGCUAUGCCGCUUAUUGAGGUGCAUCAAUCAGAGCCGGCUCUGUUACCGAAGCUUGAAGCAAAGAGGCAAUUUACAAUCCGAACGAAUCCUCCCCUCGAGCGACGAGCCAAUAGGCUUAUACCGGUGGUGGUUGGCGGUCCCCAAGACACGUUUGUUCCCAACCUGAUCAGGGCCGCGGUUGGCGACGUGAUCCAAUUCCAGUUCAGCUCAGGGAACCACACAGUCACUCAGAGUGCCGAGGAUGCCCCAUGUCAACCGUUGCAGGCGACGGUGGCUGGAGCCAUUCAUAGCGGGCACAUCCCGUUUGAGGCUGGGCAGACUACAGUCGGGACAUUUAAUUUGCCCUUGACCAGCACGGAUCCCAUCUAUCUCUAUUGCGCGACUGGUCCCCAUUGUCAAAAUGGCCAAGUCAUGGCAAUCAAUCCGCCAAACGAGGCCUCGUUGGUCAACUACUCGAAGAUCUCAGGGGAAGCAUCAGCCAACGUCGAUGGUACCGAAGUAUCUGGAGGAACUGUGGGAGAGAUCCCAUUGGAAGGGGCAGCCUUUACCCCUGCCAAGGAGGAAGAAGCACCGCCGCCUCCGCCUGUUGAAGCUACGCCUUCGGCAACACCCGCUUAA